AUGGUACGGAUUUUACUCGAAAGCUAUGCAAUAUGUCGUGAAAGCUUUUUCACUUCAGUUCCUGGACCAAAAGCAAUUGCAGAAAAGCUUGAUCAUGACAACAUUAAAGUACUAAUUGAACAAUAUUUAGCUGGAGAAGAUAAACUAGACCUGUUGAUUUGGGAAAUGACUGAAUGUGAUUCAUCUGAACCGAUGGUGGCAACAGAGGAUAUGUUAGAUCGAGAACAAAAGGAUGAUCAAGAACACAAGGCAUAUGGUUGUGAUAUAAAUAAAUGCAAAACUUUGUUGGUUGGCGAUCAAGGAACAAACUAA